AGGAAGUGCAGCUGAGCGCACAGGAACAGAGGCAGGUGUCGGACGAGCGGCGGGCGGGAUGUCGCUAAACUAACACUGCCGUGAAGAGAAUGCUCCCCGGUGUUCACCAUGGUCCCGGGUGUCGUGUACGCGCUACUGGCGGGGUUCCUCGGGGCCGUGGCUUCGUCCUCGGCCAAGCUGUCUCUGGGAGCGGACUAUCUAAAGGGAGUGUGUGAGACCGGGCUGCGGACUUGGGGGGAGCAGCGGCGUUUCAGACACGCGGACGAGACCACAGCGUGUGACCGGCUGCAUAUCCCCCUGCGGCUGCUGUGUGGGGGGCUGCUCUUCACCUGUAACGCUGUGAUGUGGACCUUUCUGGCCAAAGCUCUCAGGUACUCAUCUUCCUCAGCCCAAACCACUGUGACCACCACCGCCUCCAACUUCGUAUCUUCCGCGUUUCUGGGGCAGCUGCUGUUUGGGGAGGCCCAGAUGACGCUGUGGUGGGUGGGCAUCUCUCUCACCUUCACUGGGCUCCUGGUCCUACACCGGGUCUCACCACAGGAGCGACCGCAAAGCACAGAGGAUAAGAGGGACGAAUAGUAGUAAGUCUGUCUCCACUAGCUCAGACUAUCUAUAAAUAACAUAAGCCAGGACAUGUCUGAAAAGUACUAAACAAGCUUUAAUGUGGUUGGUAUAUCCAGCUUUCAAUAUUCUAGGUCAGAAUUUUGGUCAAAAUUGUAAUUUGCAAUCAUUUGCUUAGUAGGUUGGUUUUUGCACUGAAUGCCCUUUUCUAGAGCAAUCAUCUAUUUAUUCUUGAAAUUGAGCAUAAAAAAAUCCAAAAUGUUACUUAUAAAUAUACUUUUUAUUAUUCUGUUGAUUGAUUACUACUACCAUUUACUAAUAAUGUUAUGGAGCACUUAACCAAUGCUCUUUAAAAUCAAAUGUUUAAUGUACAAUGACAGUCUGGCUAGUGGAGACAAAAUUAAGUUGUCAAGAGAAAUGCAAUGAAGCAAAAAUCACUUUUAGCUUUACACAAUAUUGAUGGACUAUUGUCACAGAACAACACGUUGACAUGGCUGGAAAUACACAAACAUUUGUGAGUUUAUGUAUAUGGUCAAUCAAGUGGAUGGCAGAUCACCAAAGCUUAGAGAUUGACCGAUAUGUUUUGUUUGUUUUUUUCAAUGCUGAUGAAAAUACUGAUUGUUUAGGGUCCAGAGAAACAGAAAGCCCAUAUUUUUGGGCUGAUUUUAAUUAUUUGUCCCAAAUUUUGUACUUUAAAAUUACUCCAAACCCAUCCACAAACCUAUUUUACUAGAAAUCUAUAAGAGAAGA